GAAUUGGGGGGGACUCGCACCAAAAACCAGUGAAGCCCCGACAUGGCCGGGCACCCCGUCCCAGCUGCACCUGGAGGCAGGAGGGUGCACCCAAAAGGGGCUGCACCCUGAGCCAGAAAGGACCUGUGCCCUGGACCAGCCCUGCACCCCAAACUGGCUGCACCCUGAACCAGGAGGGACCUGCACUCCAGACCAGGUGUCUGCCCCAAAUUUGUUGGCCCCUGAUCCUGCUGUGCCCUAAACCAGGAGGGAACUGCACCCCACAGCAUCUCUGCACUGUAAACUGGGAGGGAUCUGCACCCCAAAAUAUCUGUGUGCCCUGAACCAGGAGGGAUCUGCACCCCAAAACAUCUGUGUGCCCUGAACCAGGAGGGAUCUGCACCCCAAAACAUUUGUGUGCCCUGAACCAGGAGGGAUCUGCACCCCAAAACAUUUGUGUGCCCUGAACCAGGAAGAACCUGCACCCCAAUCCUGCUGUGCCCUAACCCAGGAGGGAGCUACACCCCAAAGCAUCCCUGUGCCCCAAACCAGGAGGGAGCUGCACCCCAAUCCUGCUGUGCCCUAACCCAGGAGGGACCUGCCCCCCACACCACCCGUGUGCCGGGUCCGGCUCUGUGGGGCCACGAUGGACGACGCUCUGCCCGUGGAAGCGGAGCUGGAGCAGCAGUGGUUGUCCAACAGCUCCCUGAACGAGUCCCUGUCCAACCAGUUCGUGCAGCCCCCGUGGCAGGUGGCCCUGUGGGCCGUGGCCUACGCCCUGAUCGUGGUGGUGGCGGUGGUGGGGAACGUGGUGGUGAUGUGGAUCAUCCUGGCCCACAAGCGCAUGAGGACGGUCACCAACUACUUCCUGGUGAACCUGGCGUUUGCCGAGGCCUCCAUGGCUGCCUUCAACACCGUGGUGAACUUCACCUACGCCAUCCACAACGAGUGGUACUACGGGCUCUUCUACUGCCGCUUCCACAACUUCUUCCCCAUCGCCGCCGUCUUCGCCAGCAUCUACUCCAUGACGGCCAUCGCCCUGGACAGGUACAUGGCCAUCAUCCACCCCCUCCGACCUCGGCUCUCGGCCCAGGCCACCAAGGUGGUGAUCGGGCUGAUCUGGCUGCUGGCAUUCCUGCUGGCAUUCCCACAGGGAUAUUAUUCCGUCAUGGAAGAGCUCCCAGGACGGCUGGUGUGCCUGGUGGAGUGGCCUGAGCCCGGCACACACCUGUAUGGAAAAACGUACCACUUCUGCAUGACCAUCCUGAUCUACUUCCUGCCCCUCCUGGUCAUAGGCUGUGCCUACACCGUGGUGGGACUCACCCUCUGGGCCAGCGAGAUCCCCGGGGACUCCUCCGACCGCUACCACGAGCAGGUGUCGGCCAAGAGGAAGGUGGUGAAGAUGAUGAUCAUCGUGGUGUGCACCUUCGCGCUCUGCUGGCUGCCCUACCACAUCUACUUCACCCUGCAGUACUUCCACCCCGAGUGGUACUUCCAGAAGUUCAUCCAGCAGGUCUACCUGGCCAUCAUGUGGCUGGCCAUGAGCUCCACCAUGUACAACCCCAUCAUCUACUGCUGCCUCAACGACAG